CUUUUUCCACAGAAGGAAGUGAACCUCAUAUUCUGUUUUCUUGGCAGAUCUGUUGUUUCAUUUACUGCUGGAAUACACAGGAUAAAGCACCCUGGACUAAAGAGAUCAUCACAGAGAAACAGCUCAGCAGCAAAAGCAGCUGAAGAAAAUGGCUGCUAGACACCCUCUUUCAGAAGACGAGCUCUCGUGUCCUGUGUGCUGUGACAUCUUCAGGGAUCCGGUGGUUCUGCAGUGUUCCCACAGUGUGUGUAGGACCUGUCUGCAGCAGUUCUGGAAGGCUAAGAAAUCCCGGGAGUGUCCAGUCUGUAGAAGAAGAUGCUCCUCGAAGGCGGAGCCUCCUCGUAACCUGGCCCUAAAGAACAUCUGUGAGGCUUUUUUAGAGGGCAGAAUCCAGAGCUCUUCAGCAGGGUCUGAGGGGCUCUGCACUCUGCACCACGAGAAACUCAAACUCUUCUGUUUGGAUGAUCAGCAGCCCAUGUGUGUGGUGUGUCAGACGUCACAGAGCCAUAAAAAUCACAGCUGCUGUCCAGUAGACGAAGCUGUGCAUAAUUUUAAGACAGAACUCAGAACAACCCUAGAGUCUCUACAGCAGAACCUGAAGCUCUUUGAGGAAACAAAACAAGAUUGUGACCAAACAGCAGCCCACAUUAAGACACAGGCCCAGGACACGGAGAGGCAGAUAAAGCAGGAGUUUGAGAAGCUUCACCAGUUUCUCAGAGAUGAAGAAGCAGCGAAGAUAGCUGCACUAAAGGAAGAAGAGAAGCAGAAGAGUGAGGUGAUGAGGAGGAAGAUUGGGGAGAUGAAUGGAGGAAUAUUGUCUCUUUCAGAAGCAAUCAGUACAAUAGAGAAGGACAUGAAGACAGAGGACAUUCAGUUCUUACAGAAUGUGAAGUCCACAAUGAAUCAACUGAAGGACGUACCAAAACAUCCAGAGAAGACAUCAGGAGCUCUGAUCAGUGUUACAAAACACCUUUCCAACCUGAAGUUCAGAGUGUGGGAGAAAAUGCAGGAGAUGGUUCAGUACACUCUUGUUACUCUGGACCCCAACACUGCCCACCCACGCCUCCACCUGGGUGAUGAUCUCACAGCUGUAGUGAGCAGAAAUGAAGACCUGAUGCUUCCUAACAAUCCAGAGCGGUUCGACUGGUGCAGGUGUGUUCUGGGUUCGGAGGGUUUUAACUCAGGAUCGCAGAGUUGGGACGUUGAGGUUGGAAUCACCGCUCGCUGGGAAGUGGGAGUGAUGGCAGAGUCUGUCCUGAGGAAGGGGGGCUCUCUCUGGGGAGGGGUGUGGGCUCUGGGCUUCAACAGCACUGAUAAAUACUGGGUUCGCUGCCCAGGACAGCCACUGCACUUCCUUACAACCACGGAGAAACUGCAGAGGGUCAGAGUGCAGCUGGACUGGGACCGGGGGAGAGUGACUUUUUCCGAUGCGCUCAGGAGAACACACCUGCAUACCAUAACACACACUUUCACCGAGAGGGUUUUACCCUUAUUCCGUAACUGGAGCGUUCACUAUGAACUUCGAGUCUUGCCCUUAAAGACAUCAGUAAUGGUGGAACCGCACAGAUAAACUCUGCAGGUGUUGUUAACAUGAUGUGGAACAACAGGAACAUUCAUAUUAGAGACUUUAUUAGAGAUUUUGUUCUCUAAAAUGUCACUGUAUCGAUUAAAAUGUUUAGUAAAGAUGUUAUUAAAUUGUAGAAAAAACAUCCAUACAUUCAUGCCUUUGUACAUUGCAUCUAUAGUCUAAUUCAGGGGUGUCCAAACUACGGCCCACUGGCCAUUUGCGGCCCGUUUCCUUUUUUGGAGCGGCCCGCGAGGUAUUUUAGAAAUAGAAUGAAAGUUGGCCCGCUGUUAAGCAGGUUUUUAUAAUGUGAGAUUCAAAGUUUGAACGCUAGGUGUCAGAAACAGGCCAAAGAAUCGGAGAGGGUGCGCAUUUCUAGCACAGAAAAACGGGGCAAAAGAGUCUAGAAGUGAAGAGAGUGCGCAUUUCUAGCGCAGAAAAACGGGCCAAAGAGUCUAAAAGCGGAGAGAGUGCGCAUUUCUAGCGCAGAAAAACGGACCAAAGAGUCUAAAAGCGGAGAGAGUGCGCAUUUCUAGCGCAGAAAAAUGGGGCAAAAGAGUCUAAAAGCGGAGAGAGUGCGCAUUUCUAGCGCAGAAAAACGGGGCAAAAGAGUCUAAAAGCGGAGAGAGUGCACAUUUCUAGCGCAGAAAAACGGGGCAAAAGAGUCUAAAAGCGGAGAGGGUGCACAUUUCUAGCGCAGAAAAACGGGGCAAAAGAGUCUAAAAGCGGAGAGAGUGCGCAUUUCUAGCGCAGAAAAACGGGGCAAAAGAGUCUAAAAGCGGAGAGAGUGCGCAUUUCUAGCGCAGAAAAACGGGGCAAAAGAGUCUAAAAGCGGAGAGAGUGCACAUUUCUAGCGCAGAAAAACGGGGCAAAAGAGUCUAAAAGCGGAGAGGGUGCACAUUUCUAGCGCAGAAAAACGGGGCAAAAGAGUCUAAAAGCGGAGAGAGUGCGCAUUUCUAGCGCAGAAAAACGGGGCAAAAGAGUCUAAAAGCGGAGAGAGUGCGCAUUUCUAGCGCAGAAAAACGGGGCAAAAGAGUCUAAAAGCGGAGAGAGUGCACAUUUCUAGCGCAGAAAAACGGGGCAAAAGAGUCUAAAAGUUGCCGUAAUUAAGGAGUUUUAUAUUAAGAGACAUCAUGAAAUGAAACAUCAAUUUGAAAAAUCUCAGUUUACACAACACUGUCAAAGAUAGAUAAAGAUAGUUAGUCAAGUAAAAUGAUGUGUAAAUGAAAAAGUCAGGAAAAAAGUAUUAUUUAAAGUGGUAUAUUUCAUUGUUUGUUUUAUUACAGAGUGUGGCCCGUGACUUCAAAUAUAUUUCUCCUUCUGGCCCCCAACAAAAAAAGUUUGGACACCCCUGGUCUAAUUUAACAGUUCCUCCACAAGAUGGCAGAAAUAGCACUCAUUCAAACCAUUAGUGUGCACCCUUUUAAAAUCAGUGAAAAAAACACCUGCAAAGAAUGAGUGCGUGUUUAUAGCCUUAAAACUAACGUACAACACUUCACAACAUGGUAAACUCAGAGUUUGUACGGUCAUGAAAAACCUGGAAAAGUCAAGGAAGUUGAAAACAGCAAAUUCCAGGCCUGGAUAUGUUUUGGAAAAAAUAAAAAUACCCAGAAAGUUUUGGAAAAGUCAUGGAAAUUUGCUAUGCAAAUCUUAAUGUUAAAAUUAGAAGGAAAAUGAUUAGCACUGUUUUAGUUUCUGUAACAACAAAAUAGCGUGAGAGCUCGAUGCAACAGUGUAGUUUUGUUUACUAAAAUUUUUGAGUGGCUCUACACUGCAAAAAAAAACUAAACCUUAGCAAGUGAAAUUUUCUAAAUUUAAGGCAAUAACUCUUGUUUUCUUCUGUAAUAAGACUUUUUGUCUUACUAAGCAUUGUGUAAGCGUUAGAUUAUUUUGCUUAUUUUAGGGAUAAUUAUCUUUAUCAUUCUUACUUAGAAUUCUUACCUUAUUUUAAGUAAUUAGAACUCAAAAUAUGUUAGACAGCACAAUCAAGCAGCAAUCAAGUUAUUCUGAUUCUUGUGUCCAAAAACAGUGACUUUUUUGCUUGUUUUAGGUGUUACUUCACUUAUUUUGAGACUUUGCUAUUGCUUUUUGUAAGAAAUCUUUCUAAGAAAAUUUUGCUUACCCAAUUGGAAGAUUGUUUUGCAUAUCGUAUAUAUAUUUGUCUUAAUUUGCAUAUAUUUUGUCUAGUUUUUGCAGUGUAAAAGCAGGUUACUCAUCUUUUCUACACACAUUAAAUUACUAUUGCUUCAUUCUUCAUUUUGAUUUGCAUAUUAAACGUAUUACAUGACAAAUAGAUCAGUAAAAAUAAAAAGUCUCUGACCAAAAAGCAUCUGCUUUAAUAUUUUAUUUUUGUGCCAAUAUUAAAGGAAAAAAAUAAUAAUUAGCUGCUUGCUUCUAAUACUGAUUAUUGUACUGUAUACUGUUUAGUUCUCCUGGUGUUGUCUGACAGGUUAACUGUGUAAUUUGAAUCUCUUUCAAGUUACUAAUUUGUGAGUGUUCGGGCAUUUUUUGGGCUGUAAUGGCCACCUCUUUCUCUCUGUCUUUGGGAAGCAGGUUUAGAAAUCCCAGCCAACAGACAGAUUAUUAAAAUGUGUUCAAAUUUUCAAACAAAAGAUUCUAUAUCAUGUUAUUUGACAAAAGUAUAACCCACUGUUUACAGGUUAAGUAUUAGAAAUGCUUAGCAGGGUAUUGAAUCAGCUCAGAGUUAAUUCAGUUAUAUACAAUAGAGCUCUCAGGAUUUGACACACAUUUUACUAUUGAAGAUUGUCAGCUUGCUGAAAGAAAUGUUUUUAUUUUUACUGAAAUACAUUUUAAGUAAGAUAAAGGCCUACUAUAACCAGUUUUGACAUGAAAAUUUGAAGUUUUUGUUUCAUUGUUCAUGUCUGCACUGAUAUUUUAAAGACUGUACGGUCAUGAAAAUUUGCUGUGAAGGUUUGGAAAAGUCAUGGAAAUGUAUUAGUUGAAAAGUGUAUGAACCCUGUAAACUGUGUGUCCAGAUACUGUCUCAGACUGAGACUGAGCUUCAUCUUGAUCACUUUAAUAAAAGAACCGCUCCUGCCAUUUUCAGACUCUUCAUUCUCAGUACAUCAGUAGAGCUACAGAAAGACGUCUAGCAGAGAGAGAGAGACAUUAACAAUAAAUUUCCUUUCAGUUCUCCUGACUUUUAUCUGUUUCAGAGAAAUUAUUCCCAACCAGAUCACAUUAAGAUCAACAGGGUCUAUGUACGGCUGGU